ACAGAAUUACAAAAUGGUUUCCACGAAUAAGAUAAUUGGCGCCCCGGAAAUGUACGAUUUGGGCCCUUGCCUCGACCGAUACGAGCCCACGCCGGCCGCCUGUCGGUGUCACUAUCGUCCAGCCGUGGGGCAAGUGCCUUCACCGAACAUCCGAGCGCCGAUCAAGAAUUCACGAAGGAAAAUGAUUAAGAAAAUGAAUGGAGAACUGAAUGAGAAUUGUCUCACGGAUAAGCAGCGUUGGUUUCUGAUCAAUCAAAGUAUUAUCUUUGCUCUGGGCAAGAUCCUCGGACGCCCGGCGGACGUGGUCUCUGAGUUUCUGUACUCCCUGACGCUGCAGAACUUUAGCAAGGUCCUCAAUCCGGUGGGGCAUCCCUGGAGUACGUGUCACGUGCCGCUGUCGAACUAUGACACGUGCGAUUACUACAUGGGGAUAUUUGAUAGCCAGGGGAACCUUCGGAACCCCUACCAUCCCGAGUCCCUCAAGAAACUCAUCCAAGUAAUGCAAUCCGUAUUGAGAGAACGACCAGAUGCGGAUAAUGGGGCACACGACGCGCUCUUUGGAGAUGUAAUCAUGAGACGAAGACGUGGGAAAAACAGGGCAAAACGCGCCGGCAUCGGUCCGGAGAGUGCUGCCCAGGACAGGGGCCAACGGAGGAUCCAGGAAUCGAAUGAAAGAGCCCAGGAGUUGGCCCGAAAUCUCAACAGAAUUGGCACACAUUGCGAUUGGCAUGAACACCGGGAGCGCAAACCCCCAGAGUAUGGAAUUCCCUGUUUUGGAACACCCUUUGGCCCCCCAAAUGCCUUUGGACCGGGCGCUGGGAUCCUAACGCCCGACAGGGGCGACCCUUUUGGACUAAAGGGCUCGCCGUGGGGCAGAGGAGGACUCAACGGAGGAGCCUUUGGGGCCGGAAGAAGGCUGUCCGAAUCUUUUAGUAUCUCCUUCGAUGAAACUCUUUUCAAGGGACCCGACGGCCAGGUAUUACAAGCCGAUCAGGAUGGUAGCGGAAGAGGAUUUAGUAGGGACAGAAGACCAGGAUCCUCUCCUCGCGGCAAAGAGCUUUCCUCUCUGAUCGAUGGCGUGAAUAAAAAGACAAAGCUCACCAAGGACCUUGGCACUCUGAUAGAUGCAGUGACAGGUCUCGACGUGGAACCGAAACAACAGAAAGAUAUUACCAAAAGCAAGCACCUGCAGCGUCGCUUAUCGGAUGAGUACAACGAGAUUACGAAUCCAUCAAACAAGGACCUCGAACAGGACCUCGAGAAGGGAAAGGGAAAAGCUAAGGAAAGCAAGAAAGAGGGCAAAGAUAAAGCCAAUGGCCAGCAGAAGAAUGGAAAAGGAAAACAGAAGGAAAGCUUCUCCAAAGAGGGAAAAGAUGCAGCCGAUGGCUACUCGAAGGAUGGAAAAGGGGCAGCCGAUGGUUACUCGAAGGAUGGAAAAGGGGCAGCCGAUGGUUACUCGAAGGAUGGAAAAGGGGCAGCCGAUGGUUACUCGAAGGAUGGAAAAGGUAAAACCGAUGGCUACUCCAAGGAUGGAAAAGGUAAAACCGAUGGCUACUCCAAGGAUGGAAAAGUUAAAACCGAUGGCUACUCCAAGGAUGGAAAAGGUAAAACCGAUGCUUACCAGAAAGAUGGAAAAGAAGCAACCGGUGCCCACCAGAAAGAUGGAAAAGGUAAAACCGAUGCUUACCAGAAAGAUGGAAAAGGAGCAACCGGUGCCCACCAGAAAGAUGGAAAAGGUCCAGCCGAUGCUAGCCAGAAAGAAGGAAAAGGAGCAACCGGUGCCUACCAGAAAGAUGGUAAAGGUGCAGCCGAUGCUAGCCAGAAAGAAGGAAAAGAUGAGUAUAACGAUAUUACGAAUCCAUCGAACAAGGACAAGGAUAACCUUCCAAAAGGGGAGAAAGUGGAAAAAGGUCAAGCAAAAGGACGGCAGAAAUACGGCAGUCAGGAUAAGAGUAAAUCGGCUAAAGAUAAAGCCAUUGCCAAAGGAGAAUUCGGUAAUCCGGCGUACCCCGAACAAACGGACAAAAACGUAGAUAAAGUGCAAACGAAAGCCCACUUUUCAUCUGAAAUUAGAGCAUCUGAGAGCAAAUCCAUUGGCCAUCAGAGAAAAUCACAGGACUACAAACGGAAAACCCCAUGGCCCGACCGCGAUAAUUUGGACGAAUACUCUUCGUCUGACUUUAAGGAAAAGGUUAAAGCGAAAAAACCAAAGACCGAUGAAGGAGGUGCCUCAAAGUCCAGUAAAGCUGCCACAAAGGCCAAAGAGGCGGCCGCAAAGAUGCCACAAAUUAUCAAGAAAAAACCAGGAAAAUCCGGCAAAAGAUAUUACUACGGAGAACCAAUACCCGUCCUAGUGCACGAACCCUUUGACAAAAGCAAAUCCUGGACAUGGCUGAGGCGCCACCCGAAGCCGAAAAGAAUCGGUCCCGGUGGCAAUGUCGCCACAUCCGGCAACAUCCAUCGCUACCGCCGCAGUUCCGUGGAGAAGCAGAUGGCCGCCGCCAAGGCCCGGGUCUCCGUGCACUCGACGUAUUCCACUUACAGCGACACGUCGUACGGUACCCUGCCAAUGUUCGGGACGAGUGUCUCCAAUAGGAGCUCGAAUGCAAAACCGAAACUUAAAGGACAUUCGAAAUGAAAGAAGUCCGCAUUCAAGUCCGUAUUAGAUUUGCAGAGAAUAUUGAUAUUUUUGACACGAUUGUUGACCAUUUUGUACAUCUGUCAG